AUGGAGUCAACAAUCAAGCGCCAUGCUAUCAAUCGAAUCAUUCGUUUUGCUGCUAAAUAUGAUUUACGAUUAACGAAAUAUGUUAUUAACAUUGUUCACGAGGCUAUCGAUGCAUUCUUUGAUUUUGUUCUUGUCACCAAUCGACGUUCAACUGAUGAAUGGAACAAGCUACGCGAUGACGCGUUACAAUGGGGCGAGAACUUUUUCGAGCAAUAUCGAUCUGCCAUUGGUAUAAUUGCCAGUGAAGCGAAUCGCCGUUUACCAGAACGUUUUCGUGAGAGACGUCUCGAUAUUGAGAAAAAAGCUAUGGAUGAUUGUGAAACACGAGGAAUUCGCUUGGAUGAGCGGCUUGAUACCGUAUGUAUUGGUCAUCGUCAUGGAAGAAUACCCAUUCCAUUGACACUUAAUUAUCUUUUGAGUAAAAACAAAAAUGAUGAACGAUUACAAAACGCACUGGAUCAUCGAAAACAAGGCAUUCGUCAUUAUUUGGUCGAUCUUGAAGCUACCGUGAACAAGAUGGGCGAUCAGAUGAAAAUGAACAUGUUAGAAUGGAUCGCUCAAGAACAUAAUAAAUACAAACAAAAAGUCAGGGGAUAUCACCGCGUGGUUUGUCGCACUAUUCAAGAUCGUCAGAAAGUGUUUCAACUCGCUCGUUUAUUCGUUCCCAAAUUUGUUCGUAUUGAAUGCCAUCUCGAGGCAAAUUUACAUUUGGCCGCUCACCAUGGAUCUCGUCCAGUUGUUAGUUAUGAUGAAGUCUUGGGUACACGAGGAUUUUUCACUGUCCAUCCAGCAUCAUGGAAUGAUGAACAUGGAUUGGUUGCCAAGAAACUACGAGAGCACAUCAAUGACCAGAAUUUCGCUUAUCUAGAAGCUCAUUUUCAUCGAACAACAAGAGGGCGUCAAUGCAUCUACUUUUGCCUCGCUAUUCCACUAGCUUGCAUUCAUUUCUUAUCAAAAAAUAUGAGCAGCAUGACAGCAGAUAAAGCUAUAAAAAUUUCAUGUGAUAUUGCCAGUGUCAUUGCACAUAUGCACGCCUUCGAUCUUGUUCAUCGCGAUAUUAAAGUGGAAAAUAUUCUUAUGGAUGAACAUGAGAAUGUCUAUCUGGCCGAUUUUGGUACUUGUCAGCAUGGCGCCGAGAACAGUACGCUUGUGGGUUCUUUUCCGUUGUCACCAGAUCUCACCGCUCUAUUACAGCUCACUGGUUCUAGUUCCAGUAGCGAUCGGCAAUACUCGUAUGAAGGUACAGCAGUUGACGUUUAUCUGCUUAGUAUGCUCAUGUUUGUGUGCGCACCGAAAGGAGUUUACAUUCCUCCGUCGAACAGGAUUCUUGAACAAAUAUAG